AUGAAGCUAUUGGUGAUACGUGAUGAAAGUUCCAAGAUUUUGGGACAUCGCUAUCUCAAUUCGAAAAUUUCACUUUAUCUUGGCUUAGUGCAACUUGCUAUUUGCAUUUGGGCUAUGGCACAGCAUUUCUUCUCACUUUUUCGUUACAAUCAGAUACUAUUUUGUGAUUUUAUAAAUGGAACAGAACCAAUUUUGCUUGUUGGCGUAGAUAUCAUCAUUUUUGAUAUCGGCUUAUUUCAUUCAUUAUGGGGUAUUGAUAGUUGCGUGGCACAACUUCUGGAUGGCGGGUAUGGGCGGUGUAUGUGGUGCAUAUGUCACAUUCUCGCUUUUGUCAUUUGCUUGCCAAUUGCAUUCGUAGCAAGACCAAGGCCUUACUCAUUAUGGCCUCUCCUUAUCCAGCAAAGUGCCUAUGGUAUCGGUCUGCUGAUCUUAAGUUUGGCUGCUCUACCAAGAGUACUACCAUUACUUACAGAUGAUCAAAACAAUGCAUCACUUUUUCCAGUGUUAAUUUAUGCUGCUGGAGCAUCACUAAACUUUUUGUUGUUGUAUAUCUAUUGGCAUUGGUAUUGGCAUGUUGAAACGAUGUGGAAUAGAGCAAGAAAGCUACGUGUGGACCAUACUAACUCAUUAGUGAUGAAUCAAUGUUCACGUGAGCAAUCUCUCAAAUCUAUCAGCAUUACGGAUGGCAUUCCUUUACAGCACGAACUACAAAGCUCAUUUUGUCAAAUUCAGCGUGUCACUUCACGCAGAUUCCUAACAGAAACGUGUGAAAAACAAGAAAAUUUAUGCAGAGCAGAAAAUUCUAUCAAUCAUAAUAAUUAUGGCUAUCAACGCUUAUGUAUAACAAAUAAGUGCCAGAAAUCAAGUGAUAAGUAUGAUGGCUUAAAUGUGACGGAUUGUUAUAAAGAGGAAGGAUUGCUACGCCAAGGUAGGAUAAAGUAUUACGAUAAGUUAAUAGUUCAACGUGAUCUCUGUAAUAAUGAUCGCUUACAAUGGAAGAAAAUGCAACCACAACAGCCAGCACUUCCUACCGCUCGGAGACAAACGAAAAGUCUUGGCCUACAUCCUCUUUAUUUUAUUUCUCAUUAUUCACCUUAUACGAGUAUCGCGCGGCAUUCUUAUCGCCCCUCCCUUCAAAGUACUAAAUUUACGCGAAAUUUCAAUGUUUCACAAGAAAAUUUUUGA